AUGGCUGAGAAACAAACAAUUGUGGGCGUGUGUCUGGUCGAUUUCCAUCAUAAACGCGGUCCCGAAGUGGAGUACUGGUAUGGUUUACCGGAUGGUACAGAUGAAACGGACCUGUGGAAAGAUUUACCUUUUCAGGCGCUUCCAGACGGUUCACAUUCGUUCGAGGAAACCUUUACUUUUUUUACAUUACUGUUCAAUGAGAAGACGAAGUCGAGCUUGCCAAACGAUGCAGCAUCCUUACCUGAAGAUCAACUAAACGAUUACACUACAUUUUUUGCCAUUUCUUGCUCUAGGCAAAUCAAAUCUGAAGACCUUAUUCGGAAAGACAAGGAUGUCACAAGGUGCACGGUGCAAAAGGCCAUUGUUGUUGUUUCAAGACUUCCAAUCUUCAGUCAAAUUAAAGACAAAUUGAAUAUAGUAACUAACGCUUUUUUUCUUCAACACGAUUUUACUGACAAGACUCUCAUAAAUAACCUCCACCAAAGUCUCGUUUCUCUUUAUGAUUCAAGUUCAGACCUUUUAGCAGAUAACAAUAACUUUUACGUCGGGCUGUGUUUAAAGAGGAUAAUAAAAGACCUCAAAAAGGAAGCAUUAGUUCUUUUGAAAGCGAUGUUAUUGGAACAAAAGAUAAUAUUCUAUGGAAAUAAUGUUGAAAACUUGUCCAAUUUGCAGUUUGGACUCGUUAGUUUGAUACCAGAGCUCCUUUGGAAUCUACAGGAUUGCGGGAGUCCUCAAUUAACGUCAAAUAGUGCGCAUUCUCAAAUUGCAACAUCUUUUCAAUCCGCAGAUCGAAAAUCGGUUCAUCGAUUUUUGGGGUUUCCACUUCGAAUUUUUGAAGAAGGUGGGUUUUUUUCUCCAUAUACACCACUGCAGCAACUAGAUGUCUUAAGAUCCGAUAAAUCUAAAUUUUUUGUCUUAGGAACUUCGAACUCACUGCUUUGCGAACAGAAAGAAUCGUUAUGCGAUAUUUUUGUGAACUUGGAUGCAAAUAGGGUCGAGAUUCUAAACAAGUCUAUAACACAAGUUCUCCAAUUGUCAACACAAGACAGUAAAUGGAUAGAAGGUAUGGCAGCGUUAGUUGAUGAGACCUUUGACGACAACAAUGAAAAAUCAACAAAAUCCUUUCAGUAUGAGGGUGGGGAGGAUUGGAUCCGAUCACAAUUCGAAGAAUACCUAACUGGUUUAUUUUGCAGUGUCAAGCUGCAUGACUAUAUUACGCUAAACGAAAAUAACUCGGAUGCACUACAGACUAUUUCAGAAGAUUUGCUGAAAACAGAUCCGGUGCAUUUCUUCAAUAUGGGUUGGGUUAAAAAAUGGAAAGAAACGAAGAACUUUCGCAUAUUCAAUACCACUACAGAUGAUCGAAUAUUUGACUUAUUUCAGGCAAAGCAUAUAUGUAAUGAUGUCGACCCAAUUGCAGCUUUUCAGCAAAAGUUCAUCGCUACCUUCAGGAACAUGAAGAAACAGAGGGGGCCUGCCAACCUGGAGGAACCUUCACCAAAACCUUAUAAAACGAAGUCGAACGAUUCACGAAGUUCGUCGGCCCUGUCAAAGAAAUCAUCGAAUAACGAUGACCCGGUUUCAGUUAAAAGCGGGGAAGAACAACAGCCAGUCAAUGUUUGGAACACAUGGAAAGACUACUUCAACAAGAAAAAGGCAAAAAGUAGCAGCAAUGUGUCAGCGAUUACUACGGACACCGAAAUAUCUGACAAAAAUGUCACGAAAAAAGUUGAUGAAACAGAUUUAUCCGCCACCACAGAGGAUUUGAAGAGUAUUCCUUCCACCAAAAAUGCUAUUCAAACAGCAUUACUAGGAUUAGGUAUUCACGUUAGUCAAGAAGAGUUGAAAGAGUUUCGCGAUAAAAGAGAUACACCCGUUUCAAUUGCGAGUAGCGACGAUAAACGCAUCGUAGAGGCGAAUACGAACAGUAACGAGGAUGAACGUACUUCAAACAGCAAUGUUAAUGAUAGGGACUCUGUGUUAGAUGUAGUCAAUACAUAUAAAUAG